AUUUUAUUUGUCCAAAUCCAAACACCCUUCGAUAAAGUAAGCGAAACCGCAGAUAAACAGUGAAUGAGGAGGAAUAAACCAAAGUUUUCGUUUUUUCCUACCGCUUCCGUGAAAUCUCCGCCGGGGAUUGAUCGGCACUUGUUAUCUAACAACAUACCGACAAACACCACCGAAGAUGGCUUCAAUUCCUCCGCUUACCGAUCCCCUAUCUUCUUCCCUACUCCGUUCUACAACCGCCUCCGUUCCCACCACCGCCUUCUUCCACCGUCAGAUGCCGUGUCUAAUCUCAUCUCCUCCCGUGCUCGCCGCUAGGCUUUCUUCUCCUUGCCGCCUUACAGAUCCUCGCAGACCAUCUCUCACCGUCGCUGCGGCUACUACUUUGAUGUCCAAUUCCGCGCAGCCGAAAAGUGGAGUUUUAAUUGUAGGUGAUUUUAUGACCAAAAAAGAGGAAUUACACGUGGUAAAACCCACAACAACUGUAGAUGAAGCACUUAAAUCUCUAGUGGAGAACAGAAUAACCGGCUUCCCUGUAAUCGAUGAGAACUGGAAAUUAGUUGGGGUUGUAUCAGAUUAUGACUUAUUAGCCUUGGAUUCUAUAUCAGGGACUGGGAGAGCUGACACUGACAUGUUCCCUGAGGUCGAUAGCACUUGGAAAACAUUCAACGAAGUACAAAAACUACUGAGUAAAACCGACGGAAAAGUGGUUGGUGAUUUGAUGACGUCAGCGCCAUUAGUAGUUCGUGAAACCACCAAUCUCGAGGAUGCCGCAAGAUUGUUGCUCGAAACUAAAUAUCGACGCCUACCUGUCGUAGAUGAUGAGGGAAAGUUGGUGGGGAUUAUUACGAGAGGGAAUGUGGUAAGAGCAGCCCUAAAAAUAAAAAAAGAAAACGAAAUGAAAUGAAAGCGUGAUAUGAUAUUUCAACUUUAUUUGUGAUAAUAGAGGAAAUUUUGUAUGUGGUUUGUUUCUAUAUGUUGUAAUCUUUUGUAAAUCUAUUAAAAAAUUAUUAGUGAAGGAUAAUGUCUAAAAGUAAAAUAUUGGAUAAUAUGUAAAAGUAAGAUAUCCAUGAACUUCUUGCUAA